AUGGCUGAAGGGCCGUUGGACUUCUGGAUUAACUGGGCGAGCCAGAUCGGGGUUCUCUUGAGCCUGGCCUUCCAGGUCAUCCUCCAUCUCUUCGCCAAUGUACGUCGGCGUAGUAACUCAGCUAUGCUGAGGGUUCCCCUCUGGCUGGCGUACCAGCUGUCGGACAUGACCGCGAUAUAUGCUGCCGGCCAGCUCCUAUACAGCAGCAACACACCACAAGACCACCAGCUCAUUGCCUUGUGGGCGCCAUUCCUCCUGCUGCACCUUGGUGGCCUGGAAAACAUCACCGCCUAUGCCCUCGAGGAUAGCAAGCUCUGGAAACGCCACUUGCUGAUCCUUGUGGUGCAAGUUGCGGGAGCCGGAUAUGUCCUCUACAAGUAUAUCGCCGGCAGCGAGAUCUUGCUCACACUGGCUGCCAUCUUAAUACUCGUUGUUGGUGUUGCAAAGUAUGGUGAGAGGACAUGGGCACUCCGGUCGGCCAACUUCAGCAUCCUCCAGAGCUCUCUCAAGACAACCAAAGAAAAUAACAAAACAAAGAGCUCUCCCAAGGUACCAAGACGUGACCAACAUUUUUAUAAAGAAUGGUACAACGACUUGCCCGACGAGCGCAUUCUGCAGCGUGCUCACUCCCUUUUUUAUAUCUGCAAGCGUGGGAUAGUUGAUUCAGUGCUUGAGAUAGACGACUCAGAUACCCGGAGUAAGGUAACAAUCUGUUAG